UUUUUCUCUUUCUCGGCUUUUGAGUUGGUAACUUUUGCGAUGUUCUCUUUCGAAACGUGGGUGAUUCGAUUAGCGGAUCACGGGAGUUCGUGACAAGAAUUGAUUCCGUCUUUCAAUAUAUGACAGAGCAUCCGUAGCAUGAAAAUAUCUCCACGCAGACGCACAAUACCUCAUUGAUGGUCCUGUUGAUCGGAGCCGAUAAUCAAAUAGCUGGGAACCGAUCUGCGAUUUCACCCUUCGCGACCAGUAGCGGACCUCUCUCAGCACGACGCUAGUUCUUUAAACUUUUCGCCCUGAGGGAUCGAAUUCAGAGGAAGGAGAAGCGAAACUAAGAAACAAACUCGCACUGCCUGGCGAUAACAUUAACAGCACCACCAGCAGCAACAGUAGUAGCAACAGUAGCGGAAGACGUAGCAGUAGCAUGGAUCGUUACGGCGUCGUGUUCACCGUCGCGCCGUCCGAGUCCUGCGACGGACACGAGGACAACUGUCUGACGUUCCAGGACUCGCAGUCUCACCAGGACUCCGGACACUCGACCCCGGAGUCGGGACACUCGCCGAUUCACUGGCGGGGAUCCCUGGAUUUGGAAAAGUCUCGAAACCGGAACCGGGACACGAGGGAGCGGUGCCUGUGCUGUUUGUUCUGUUUCUUCAUGGUGUCGAGCGCUAGUCUGGCCGCGCUCGUUCUCUUGCUCUACACGGGACAGGUGAAGUUUCAGUUGUUGCCUGGCAACAGACCCAGGUCAAAUGGUUACCCCGGGACGUCUUCGCUGAACGUCUCCUACGCCAAUGUCGACGGAAUGGCCAAAACACUCCCUAGGGUAUGUGCCGUGCCCGGAUGUAUCGAAACAGCAGCAGCAGUGCUAAUAAGGGUAGAUCACUCGGUAGAUCCCUGCGAGGAUUUUUAUUCAUAUGCGUGUGGUGGCUACAUCAGAAGAACACCACUGUCGUGGAAUUUAACAAGAAUUCGUGAAAAUCCGGACGACAUAGAAGCAAAAUAUAAAGAUUUUCUUAUAGACAAACUGUCAGCGUCACGUCGAGCCACCGACAGCAGCGCCAUCUCGCAGCUGAAGACCGUCUUCCAAUCGUGUCUUCUGCGUUCGCCCGCCAUCGAAAGCAGCAGCACCAAACGAUCAGUUUCUGAGAUGCUGACGAGACUUGGAGGAUUAAAUCUUCUGGACAGUGGCCUUGAUGAUGACUUUGAUAUGACGGCAUUAAUCUCCAACGUCACCAGGUUCUAUGGGGCCUCUCCUUUUUUCAAGGUCAUAGUGCAUGAUCGAGCCAAGAUAUCGCUUAUUAACCAUUAUUCAGACCAGCUGGUUGCAGAUCUUAGAGCACUGAAUGACGAUAUACCCAGUUUCCGGUUCCUGUUACCAUCGGCUUUCCAAGAAAAGGAUAUUCGAAGGAGCAAGGUCCUGGGCGCGUACCACGACUUCCUCCUGCAGUAUGUGUCGAGUGUUAUCGAUGUGGAAAUCGACGCCCGAGUGCGGCGAGCGCUCGACGAGGUGUUUGUGUUUGAACUGGAGCUCAACAAGCUACUGUAUGACGCAGAUUCGGAAAUGGCUGACCAGCCGUGCCAAAACAUGCGGUUCACAGCGAUCCAGUACCUGAAGACCAACUACGGGGGCUACAUGAUCCGCUGGGACGAACUCCUGCAGAACAUCCUGGGCGUGGGCAGCCUCGCGCAGACGACAUUCUGCGACAUAUACCUGAAGACCCAGCUCCAGGACCUGCUGGAGAUCACGCCUAGAUACCUUCUCAAGAGAUACAUCAUCAUCCACACGCUCGUCCACACAGAACUCUUCUCACUGGUGUCCAAGAAUCUGCAUCUCGAUGUGUCCUUUUCAUCCUUCCCGACUGCGAGCACCCCUGCCAGUCGUAACGAAGAGUGCGUGGAAGUGUUGAUGGAUGUUCUGCCUACAAGGAUUAUGUGUCAGAAGAACCUGGCAAAAGCUAAGGCUAUUCUGCACUCUUUGUUUAGCACCAUACACAGUACGUUGUCGCAGACUCUUUCCUCGUUGUUCGGGAUACCUGUGAGGGAUUCUGGUAAAAUCGUCAACCGGACGAUGGACGAGGUGGUUGAGGAAUGGGUCAAUGUACAGGUUUUUAAUGAGCAGAUUCUCCACGGUGAUGCUUUUUCCACGGACAAUUUCGUGGGGAAUUUCUUGAAGCUGUUUGAGCUACGAAAUGCCAGGUACCUCGAUGGGCAGAAGAAAACGAAGUUUAACAGUGUGUUAGCCACAGUUUACGAGUUCUUUUCCGGAUGUUCUGAUUUACCGGGAUUGCCAGGACCACUAUCUUACCCAUCAACCGUGCCGUCAGGAAUCCACUUCGGCUCCCUAGGCUCCUACCUAACACGUCAGAUCGCCGAUAAGUUAGAUAUUCAAGUUCUCCUGGACCACUACGCAGACGACAUCCUCAACGACAGCGCCGUGCUGUACCUGGCUGUACGACUGCAGUGUCUGGUGACUCUCUACAACAAGUUCGACAUGCUCCACGACAAACUCGCCACCUACUCGGUUGAUGGCGAAAUGACGAAAAAUGAAAAUUGGAAAGACCAUCUUGCAUUAAAAGUAUCUUAUCAAGUAAGUAGUUUGAUUAUGCUGGUUCCAGACAAGGACCAUACGAGACCGGAAGCAUUCACCCUCCUCACAAACCAUAAAACCAUUUUUAAGUAGUUUAGUAUAAUAUAUAUUUUUGUUUUUAGAAAUUCCUGUGCAUCUACAACCCAUAGGGAGAUGCCUUAAUAUAAGCAUUUGCCUGUUGGCUGAUCCCAAAAUCUCAAAUGAGGCGGUAAGAAAUAUUGUUUAAACCAUCAUUGUUAACGUUUAUCAACCAUGAUUAGGUUAUUGUUCUUAUUAUAUAUAUGUUUUUAUUAUGGCUUUAUUAUUUUAUUUUAUUCCAAAACGCUGCAAAUAAUAAACAUAUUUAAUAUCAAAAUUAUUUUUGGUGUAGUGGAAUUUUUUGGGUUAGUUAGUUAGUUAGUUAGUUAUUCAUUGGACGUUGUGUGUAAUAGCACGCU